UUCGAGUCGAUCGGGGGCCUUGACGCUCACAUCAAGAGUCUCAAGGAAAGCGUCUUCCUCCCGCUCACUUACCCCGAGAUUUUCUCCAAGUUGGGGAUCAAGGCACCCGGAGGAGUUCUGUUCCAUGGACCUCCCGGGACAGGGAAGACGAUGAUGGCUCGGGCGCUAGCAAACUCGUGCAGCCAGGGAUCGCAGAAGAUCUCAUUCUUUAUGCGCAAGGGAGCCGACUGCCUCAGCAAGUACCACGGAGAGGCUGAGAGACAACUGAGGUUGCUGUUUGCGGAGGCUGCCCGACUGCAGCCCUCUAUCAUCUUCUUUGACGAGAUAGACGGGCUGGCCCCAGUCAGGAGCUCUAGGCAGGACCAGAUUCACUCCUCCAUAGUCAGCACUCUCCUCGCCCUCAUGGACGGCCUUGACAAGCGAGGGAUGGUGGUCCUCAUCGGAGCGACCAACAGGCCGGAUGCGGUCGAUCCGGCGCUACGCAGGCCGGGGAGGUUCGACCGAGAGUUCUACUUUCCUCUCCCUGAUGCUGCCGCAAGAGCCAAGAUCCUAGAGAUUUACACCAAAGACUGGAAGCCUCCGCUCUCCAAGAAGUGCAUUGAGCAAGCAGCGAACGCUUGCGUGGGGUUCGGAGGAGCGGAUCUCAAGGCUCUAUGUACGGAGGCUGGCAUCCGGGCCCUCCGCCGCACGUUCCCACAGGUGAGAGGUGGAGGAACAGCGAGCAAGAUGCGCUGA